AUGGAUUCACCAGCAGAAGAUGCAGUUGAUUCGCGAUCGAAUGUGGUUGGAAGGAAGCGUGCUUUACAAACAUCCUCGGAUCAAGGUAGAGAAGUUGUCACAAUUGAUUCUUCUUCAGAUGAAUCUGCAAGUCAGCCUCGAAAGAGGGCAAAGCCAUCCAACGAAUCCGCCAAAGUUGAGGUCGAUCUCACAUCUUCGCCAUUGCCAAAGGAAUCGAUAGGUACUCUCACAUCGGAAGCAAAGGCUGGAUCACCGGCGACGUGGAAUCAAGGCGUACAGAGUGGGCUGCGAACAUCUUUCAAGAGCAAGAAACCACCGCUGUCUCAAAGCACUUCCUCAAAGCAGCUAGAACAAAUCCCAAAUGAUGCCAUUGAAAAAUCUCAGGGUCGAUCUGAGCAAAAGCCAAUGACCAAAAAACAAUUUAACAAGCUCGGGGAAGAUAAACAACUAGCUCUGAUGGAAGCAAAUACUCAGGAUGUUUCCGCGUUAAUAGAUCUUCAUGGUUGGCCAGUGCCGGAAGAAUUUCAACAGAACUGUCUGAAGUUCGUUGGAGAGGGACUGACUUUUUACUCAACUCCAGUGAAGAAGGAACAGCCUGUAGGACGCUAUUCGUUCGGCGGCCGUGAUGUUCAAUUGCGAGAGCUUUACAGUGAGGAAGGCAAACCCAUCACGAGUAAGGAUAUCACCUAUUCUGAUAUCCUUCUUUCGCUCAUGCAAAACAACGAAUUUUUUGGGCGUGCGCUACCAGACAAACGUGCUAAGGCUGCCGUCAAAAGUUACUUGUCUUAUUUUUACAACCACAUUCCACAAAAAGAACAAUUUAUAUCUUCUCUGGUGGCAGAAGCUCCGUCUCCAAUCGAGGUUCUCAAGAACGCUAAAAAGGGCCGCCCACCAACUUUAGCUCGCGCAACGGAUCAUUAUGAUAAAAAUGCUUCCCCGGCAAUCAUCAACGACGGUUCAGUCACAGAUGAAGCUCUCAUGAAACAGAACAAUGCCUCCACUUCCAAAUCGGUAGCAGAAUCCAAUGGCGAUGAGGAGUCCACUCGGGUUGCUCCCACCCUAGUUACAAAUGCUAUCGAUCCAACCAGAGAACGCACGAUCCCCACUGAAGCCGGGACAGUUCAGAUGAAUCAUGGUUCGUCGAACUCACUAGCCGGAAGUGAAAUGGAGGUCUUGUCGGAUGGUGGUAUUGCUACUGAUGUCGAUGAUGAUCAUGAGUUUGAGGCGGCACGCGAAAUGGGUUUACGUCCGGAAAUCCCUCUAGAAGAUCAUGCUACAAUUCUGAAAUACUUCCCAGCCAUCGACGGUGUCAUCGUCAGAAAGUGCUUGAUCUGUGGCUCAAGUGGACAUGAUCGAAGUGUAUGUUCUGACAAAGCUUGUUCUUCUUGUGGCAGUAAGGGUGAUCAUCUUACUCCAGCUUGUCCUCGGACUACGAUCUGUGGUAAGUGUAGAGAAGUGGGCCAUCAGAUCUCACAAUGCUCUGAAAAGCUGCGUGCUGUCAAAGAUGAUGUCAAAUGCAAUACGUGUCAAUCGACAAGUCAUCUUGAGGAUCAAUGUCAUGUAAUCUGGAGAAGUUUUCUUCCUGAUCCAGAUGAGAUCAAAAAAGUUCGCAAUAUUCUGGCUUUUUGCUACUUUUGUGGUCGUCCAGGUCACUUUGGCCCUGAAUGUGGACUAUAUCGUGGUAAACCUGCUUCUGGCGGAAAGUCUUGGUCGACUAGCAAUAUGGAGAAAUUUCUUGAUGGUCCUAAUAGUUAUGAUGACUCUCUUUCUCUAGGAGGUAAUGACUAUGCAAUUCCGAAUCGUGGAAAGAAGGGCUUCACUAUCAAGGGAAAAGCCAAUGAUCCCAUUGAUUUGGAUGACAGCGAUGAUGACGAAGGCUUCAUCCAACCCAAAGUCAACAUGGCUCCCAGGAAUGGUCACAUUCAAUUCUCCCAAGCUGGUGCAGUGCAAUCUUUCAAUCAACCUCCCCCUUUUCAAUUUCAAGGCAAUACUGGCGGCAACCAAAACAGUAGAGGACCUUCUGGAAACCAUGGUGGCCGUGGCGGUCAUAGAGGUGGCGGCGGUGCAAAGAACAAGCCGAAGCCUAAAUCUGGAAACAAUCUCCCUAGAGGUGGUAGUCAGAGUCGUGGGAAAGCCUAUCGCGGUAGAGGCGGAGGCGGACCUGCUCGAGGUGCUCCACGUGGUCGCCGCUAA